AUCAGCAAAUUACAAAUGAUGUAACAUUUAUCUUUAAUAAAAUAUCUAAGAUUGAAUGCACCACUUAGUGCCGCACAUCAACAUCUUCGUGGAAAACUUUACAGUUUGAAAGUUCAAAAGCAGAGAGACAAAAGGUCGAACAGUUUGCCUACAGUCUUACACCUGUACUAAUAAACUUGCAUAUAUCAAUAUAAUCCAUCAUGUUUCUUGUGAAAAAAGAAAUACAAUGGAACCUAGAGAAGAUGAACGGUCACUGAUCAGUUUUAUUUCACCUUUAGAAGAUAGCAAAGAGAAAGAUCUAGGAAAGGAAGAGAUUAUCGAAGAAGUGAAAAAACAGCUAUGGCUGGCAGCUCCAUUAAUAUGUGAAAGCUUGUUGCUGUAUUGCUUGCAAUUGAUCUCUGUUAUGUUUGUGGGUCAUUUGGGUGCAUUAGCUCUUGCUUCUGCUUCACUGGCUACUUCUUUUGCUGCUGUGUUAGCGUUUAACUUGCUGAUGGGAAUGUCAACAGCAUUAGAGACCCUUUGUGGCCAGUCAUAUGGAGCAAAGCAAUACCAUAUGCUAGGCACCCACACCCAACGAGCCAUGCUGAUUCUUUCACUCAUUACCAUUCCCUUAGCUAUCAUCUUAGCCAACACUGGUUCCAUCCUAUCUGCCGUAGGCCAAGACCCCGAAAUUUCUCGAGCAGCUGGCGUAUAUGCUUGUUACAUGAUCCCGACCCUGUUCGCUUACGCCAUUCUUCAAUGCCUUUUAAGAUUCCUAAGAACACAAAACAACAUAUUCCCAAUGGUGUUAACUUCCGGAAUCACAACUUUGAUACACAUUUUCCUAUGCUGGAUUCUAGUGUUUAAACUCAGCUUGGGGAACAAAGGCGCUGCUCUUGCCGGUUCCAUUUCGUAUUGGAUCAAUGUGUUGAUGUUGGCAUUUUACAUUAAAUUCUCUCCUUCUUGUGUACAAACUUGGACUGGCUUUUCAAAUGAGUCCCUGUAUGAGGUUUUGCCUUUCCUUAGACUAGCUGUUCCUUCAGCUGUAAUGGUUUGCUUGGAAUCAUGGUCAUUUCAAAUACUGGUGUUUCUCUCGGGUCUUUUGCCUAAUCCGGAGUUAGAAACUUCGGUGAUUACGAUCUGCAUUAAUACCACUGCAAUUAUUUUGAUGAUACCCUUCGGACUCAGCAGUGCUGCAAGCAUAAGGGUGUCAAAUGAGUUAGGAGCCGAAGAUCCCAAGGGGGCCCGGUUGGCCGUGCGUGUAGUCCUGGUCCUUGGGAUCUCUCAAGGCAUAUUGGUGGGAUUGGCACUGGUGUUGAUGCGAAACGUCUUGGGCUAUGCUUAUAGCAAUGAUGCAUCAGUCAUUAGAUAUGUCUCAACUAUGGUUCCAAUUCUUGCUGCAUCCAAUAUUAUAGAUGGAGUCCAAUGUGUUCUUUCAGGCAUUGUUAGAGGCUGUGGUUGGCAGAAGAUUGGUGCCUACAUCAACCUGGGAUCUUAUUACCUUGUUGGCAUUCCUUUGUCUAUCGUAUUAGCCUUUGUCUUCCAUAUUGGUGUCAUGGCAAAAAAGGCUAUGGAAAGGGUAUUUUGAAUAUGGAAUACUUGCAUGUAAGAGUUGGGACAGUAUGUUGUGUAUAUUAUAGUUUAAGAAACAGAGUUGAAUGUAUAUUUUGCAUAAUAGGAAAUACAAUUUGUAGUGUAUUUAAUCAAGUAGUGACACGAGUACACCGGCACCAAAACGCGGUUCCUCCGCUUCUGCCUCGAGCAACCGCGAUUUCCUCGUCAAUGUAAAACCAGAUAAAGAAAGGAUCUUUGGUGUUUGGUUCUCUAUCAUCUUUCUGGCCAAGACCGAUCUCCAGAGGGUUGAAAGGUCCAAUUUUAACCCGGAUUCGUUCGAAAAUAAAGGAUAAUAUUCUGUUCUUCCAUGAAAA